ACGUUAACAAUGAAUAGCACGCGCUAUAUGCUGCGUACAGAUAGCGCGUUAUUUUAAUAGCGCUAUGUUCCCUGCCACUAGCCUGUUUUGCCAGUUCCGAUCACGGCGCGCACGCAAUAUGCUGUGUCUAUCGUUAUUCUUGGUGCUCCUUACGACUCCCAUAUGGACCUAUGUUACCGAAACGCCCUCUUUCAUUGAUCGUCUUGGCAAACUUUACGAGAAACUUGAAAAAAUCACAAUAGCACCCACGCCAGAUAAUUUCGGAUCGAAUUCUAAAGAUAAGCUUUACGCGAAGCUGGAGAGAUUUAACGCGUUGUCGCCCGAUAAAUUCGAGUUGUCUGAUGAAGAAGAAGAGUUGAUAUCUACUAUGGAGAAGUGGGGGCUCAGUGCUGAUCAAAUGGAUAUUAUAGUGAAGGAAUUGCAACGGACCAGGGAGGAUGAUGAAGAGAAAAUUGAGAGAAAUGAAGAAUACAACGACGAGGAUGAGUUGCUGAAAGAUCUUUCCGAAGGCGACUACCUAAACGACAAAGACUGGGAGACUGAGGACGAGGUCACAUUCUCUACAUCCAAGCCACUUCUCGGAACCAUGCCCUCGGCAUUCACUAAGACCACCUACAAAAAGACUAUCAUAUCAGCCGCUGAACCGAUCGCUUUGACGAAUGAGAGACCCAGAAUCUUGGAUGAAACAUCAUUAACCAAAUUGGGAACGCAGCUUCGUCAGGAGGCGUUCGCUAACGCGGCCAAGUUCAUCAGGGAGAGUAGAUGUCACACUCCACAAGCUCGCUGGCUCACCGUCCGGCAGAUGGCGCCCGCCGCGGAUACAAACUACAUGCCCUCGUGUGUCCGGCUCCACCGUUGCACUCCUGACUCCGGCUGUUGUACCAACGACGCUGACAUAUGCGCACCCAUCGAAGGGAAAUAUGUCGCAUUACCAUUUUAUUUACACAAAGCAGACGGUAACACGAACGUGGCCAGAAUGGUGUUCUACAACCACACUAAAUGCGCCUGCGUCUCCAGAGAGACUCUGCAGACGACUAUCAGAACCAGGAUCGAGAGCAAGCCCGAGCCUGAGCCAAGGAGAGACCUGGCCAUCGAAAGUCAAAACGACUGGAGGAUGCCCACGGAAGCUCCGAAGCUGGACAGCGAGGAGCCAACAGCCCCUCCACAACUACGCAGAUGCACCUGUCCGACUUUGUUCUUGAGUACACCAGAGAACGGCUCUUGCUCUUGCAUCUGCGACUGGCCCGAAGCCGCCCGUCGGAGGGACUGCCUGUCCCUCGCGCGAGGCAAGGAGCACUUCGGCCUCCGAGACCGCGUCUGCGUAGCACAAGGACACUGCAACCAGCCGUCCUGUGAAUACGGAUCUUACGACAAAACUAACGGGAUAUGUCCUCUGCGCAGAUUCAGAAGACUAAGGUUCCAUCGUGUUAGGCCACAGCCGGAGAAAACCAUGGUGGUUUGAUUGCAGUAUUCAUAGUUUUAUUAUUAAGAAUAAAUCAACUUGUAAGAUAAAAAGGUGAGGCUCCCCUUUAAUGUAAUUGUCCGAAA